AAUUAAGAUGCCUGUCAGGCAUUUGAUACCAGAAGCCCCUAUGCAAACCUCUAAAUCAUAUGCCAGGGCUACAUCUUAUUGUCAGUGAAUGAUGGCGGAACUGGGUGGCUUGUCAUCAUUCUCGAAAAUUCUGAGGCUAGUGAGCUCUCUCACCCUCUCCCACUCGCCUUAUUUUCCUUUUCGCCACUGCGGGGACUUUUUCUAAUUUGCAGCUUCCCUUUCCCCGACACACACAGACAGGAGCUGGUGGUUUGCAGACUGCGUCUGUCUGGAACUAGAGAGCCUGAGCCAGCCCGCGGAGAUAAUGCUAGGGGAGAAGGAUUCUGCAGCAAUUCUCAAAGGCUAGACUUGGGUGGUAUCGCUGCAUAUGCUCUGGUUCUUCAGCUUGUUGUCUCUAACCGAGGAAACAUUGAUUGGAAACUACUCAUUCAGAAAAGUAAAAGAAAGAAACCAGAACAUAUUAUCAACCCUUUGAGAACACAAUAUAACAAACUUUACCAUUUUACUACUUCUUUGAGUAGGAGAAGUCACAGGACGUUGAAGAAUGGCAGAUGAUCGGAAAGAUGAAGCAAAGGCGCCUCACUGGACCUCAGCUCAACUAACAGAGGCAUCCGCCCACCCACAUCCACCUGAGAUCAAGGAUCAAGGUGGGGCAGGGGAAGGACUUGUCAGAAGCGCCAAUGGAUUCCCGUACAGGGAGGAUGAAGAGGGCGCCUUUGGAGAACAUGGGUCACAGGACACCUACUCAAAUACCAAAGAGAAUGGGAUCAAUGGAGAGCUGACCUCAGCUGACAGAGAAACAGCAGAGGAGGUGUCUGCAAGGAUAGUUCAAGUAGUCACGGCGGAAGCUGUAGCAGUUCUGAAAGGUGAACAAGAGAAAGAAGCUCAGCAUAAAGAUCAGCCUGCAGCUCUGCCUUUAGCAGCUGAAGAGACAGCUAAUCUGCCUCCUUCUCCACCCCCAUCACCAGCCUCAGAACAGACUGUCACAGUGGAGGAAGAAGAAGAAAUGCUAGCGAGUCCAAUGGCCGAGGAAGAGAAACCUGCCACUCUUCCUGGGAAAGAGUGUGAGGCUGCCAAGGCCUCAGACCAGCCCAAGGGCCUCAGUGAGGGCCAAGUGGAGUCUAGUGCGGAGGCCCAAAUAGCUCCUGAAGAGAGCGCCCCAGCAGGGACCCCACAGGAGAAAAGUAUAAAAGAGGUCGCGGAGGUGUCUCCAGAAGUAAAAACCCCUUCCUCUGCCGGGGAAGGUUUGCUUACAGCCUCGAAGAUGGAGUUUCAUGAUCAACAGGAAUUGACUCCCUCUCCAGCCGAGCCAUUAGAAAAGGAGGAAAAGGAGUCAGAGGAAGAAAGUAAGCCUGGUGAAGACCUUAAACAUGCUGCCUUAGUUUCUCAGCCUGAGACAACUAAACCUUCUCCUGAUAAAAAGGACAUGCAAGACACAGAAGAAGAAAAAGUACCUCCCACUCUGUUUGGGCAUACUCUGGGUGCCAGCCUAGAAGACACAAAACAGAAGACAGAACCGAGCCUAGUGGUACCUGGUAUUGGCCUUCCCGCAGAGCCCUCAGCUGCAAAAGAGCAAAAGGACUGGUUCAUCCAAAUGCCAAUGGAAGCAAAAAAGGACGAGUGGGGUUUAGUUGCUCCAGUAUCUCCUGGCCCCCUAACACCCAUGAAGGAAAAAGACGUACUUGAGGACAUCCCCAAAUGGGAAGGGAAACAAUUUGAUUCUCCCAUGCCAAGUCCCUUUCAGGGUGGAAGCUUCACUCUUCCUUUUGAUGUCACAAAGAAUGACAUUGUUGCAGCAGCAUCACCCUUUGCCCCCGCCCUAUUACAGCCAGAUGACAAAAAAUCUUUGGAAGAAACUGGUAGCCCAGCGACUGCCAAAGAUAGUUCUAAAGUUGAAGAGCCCCAUAUGGAUCAACCUGACAAAAUGGCAGAAGCACCAGCCUCAGAGGCAGUUACAUCACCCAAAGAUGCUCACAUUUCGAUUGUGGAAGACUAUGUUCCGGAGAAAGGUUUAGGAGAAGAGAAAGGGGCAAUAAAGCAAGAGAGUGUGCAGAUAAAAGAGACUCCCACCUUCAGGGAACAGGAAUCUAUGCUUACUGAAAAGGAACCUCACCUAAAGCUUGAAGAACAAACAACCAUUUCUGACGAAGAAGCUGUGUCAAAAGAGAGUGAAGCCCCAAAAUUGACAGAUGAAGAAACAGGUGUAAUUCAGCCCUCCACAGAGCACACUUACUCCAAAGAAGAACCCAAAGGCCAGGAGCUUCCCACAGAUAUAUUAAAACAGGACUCAUUCCCUGUAAGUUUGGAGCAAGCAGUUACCGAUUCAGCCGUGACCUCUAAGACACCAGAAAAAGUCAUGACUGAACCAGCUGCACUAAGUGAAAAGAGUGCCACCCAGGAGCUUUUUGAAGAAAAAGUUGCUGACAAAGAUAAUGUUGAAGGAGUUGGAGCUGUAACAUCAGCUGAGCUUGACAUGCCAUUUUAUGAAGAUAAGUCAGGAAUGUCCAAGUACUUUGAAACAUCUGCCUUGAAAGAAGAAGUGACAAAAAGUAUCCAGCCAGGCAGUGAUUACUAUGAACUGAGUGACACAAGAGAAGGUGCCCAAGAGUCUUUUGAUACCGUAUCUUCCAUGUAUAAAAACGGCGACAAGGCACUUACGGCAGAGAAAGACUCCCAGCCCAGUGCUGUAGCACAAGAAGGAGGCUACAGCACUCUUGCACAGAGUUAUCCAUCUGACUUACCUGAAGAACCCAUUUCUCCUCAAGAAAGAAUGUUCACUAUUGAUCCAAAAGUGUAUGGGGAGAAAAGGGAUCUCCACAGUAAGAAUAAGGAUGAUUUGACACUGAGCAGGAGUUUAGGACUUGGUGGUAGGUCUGCAAUAGAGCAAAGGAGCAUGUCAAUCAAUUUGCCCAUGUCUUGCCUGGAUUCCAUAGCCCUUGGAUUUAACUUUGGUCGGGGGCAUGAUCUUUCUCCCCUUGCUUCUGAUAUUCUAACCAACACUAGUGGAAGUAUGGACGAAGGAGAUGAUUACCUUCCGGCCACGACACCUGCAGUGGACAAAGCCCCUUGCUUCCCAACAGAAAGCAAAGAAGAAAAAGAACAGAUAAAGGGGGAAAAAGCUACUGGAGAGGAAAACACCCAAGUCGAGCCAUCGUGUGAGUCACCUUUCCUAGCCAAAGAUUAUUACAAAAAUGGUACUGUCAUGGCACCUGACCUGCCUGAGAUGCUAGACCUGGCAGGCACAAGGUCAAGAUUAGCUUCCAUGAGUGCAGAUGCUGAGGUUGCCAGGAGAAAAUCAGUCCCAUCAGAGACUGUGGUGGAGGAGAGUAGUACUGGCUUCCCCCCUGUCACUGAUGAAAACCACGUCAUUGUUAAAACUGACAGUCAGCUCGAAGACCUGGGCUACUGUGUGUUCAAUAAAUACACAGUCCCACUCCCAUCACCUGUUCAAGACAGUGAGAAUUUAUCUGGGGAGAGUGGUUCCUUUUAUGAAGGCACUGAUGAUAAAGCACGAAGAGAUUUGGUCACGGAUCUUUCAUUGAUUGAAGUCAAACUGGCAGCUGCUGGAAGAGUCAAAGAUGAACUCAGUGCUGAGAAAGAAGCAUCCCCACCUAUCUCUGGUGACAAAUCAGGACUGAGUAGGGAGUUUGAUCAGGAGAAGAAAGCGAAUGAUAAGCUGGAUACUUUACUAGAAAAAAGUGAAGAACAUGCCGAUUCAAAAGAACAUGCCAAGGAAACAGAAGAGGCUGGUGAUAAAGUUGAAACUUUUGGAUUAGGAGUAACCCAUGAGCAAGCUUCAGCCAAAGAACUGACAGUCUCAAAAGAUGCAUCACCUCUCAUGGCUGAGAAAGCAGAGAAAGGUCUUAGUUCCGUGCCAGAGGUAGCUGAAGUAGAACCAUCCCAGAAAGCUGAACCAGAGCUGGAUUUUGCUGCAAAGAAAGCUGACCAGGGUCAGUUAGAUGUUAAAAUCAGUGACUUUGGACAGAUGGCCUCAGGGCUACACAUAGAUGCUGGAAAGGCAGCAGAGCUUAAACUCAAGGCUACCCAGGACCUCGCCCCCUCAUCCACAGCACCUCAGGAGGCAGAUGUGUUUAUGGGUGUUGAGUCUGGCCACGUGAAAGAAGGCACAAAAGUUAGUGAGACAGAAGUCAAGGAGAAGGUGGCCAAACCUGACCUGGUGCACCAGGAGGCUGUAGACAAAGAGGAGUCCUAUGAGUCCAGCGGUGAGCAUGAAAGCCUCACCAUGGAGUCCUUGAAAGCUGAUGAGGGCAAGAAGGAAAUUUCCCCAGAAUCUUCUCUGAUUCAAGACGAGAUUGCCAUCAAAUUGUCUGUGGAAAUACCCUGUGCACCUGCUGUUUCAGAGGCUGAUUUAGCCGCAGAUGAGAAGGCUGACGUCCAGAUGGAACUUAUUCAGCUGCCAAAAGAAGAAAACAAGGAGACCCCAGAUAUAUCUAUCACUCCCUCUGAUGUUACAGAACCAUUGCCUGAAGCCACUGGAGCUGAACCAGCAGAGGCUGAGAAUGAGGAAGAAGAGAUAGAAGCCCGGGGAGAUUAUGAUAAACUCCUCUUCCGCUCAGACACCCUUCAGAUUACUGACCUGGGUGUCCCAGGUGUCAGGGAGGAAUUUGUGGAGACCUGCCCUGGUGAACACAAGGGAGUGAUUGAGUCCGUUGUAACCAUCGAGGAUGAUUUCAUCACUGUCGUGCAAACCACAACUGAUGAAGGGGAGUCGGGUUCCCACAGUGUGCGUUUUGCAGCCUUAGAGCAGCCUGAGGUAGAAAGGAGACCAUCCCCCCGUGCUGAGGAAGAGCUUGAAGUAGAAGAGGCAGCUGAAGCCCAGGCUGAACCCAAGGAUGGCUCCCCAGAAGCUCCGGCUUCCCCUGAGAGAGAAGAGGUUGGACUCUCAGAAUAUAAGACAGAAACCUAUGACGAUUACAAAGACGAGACCACCAUUGAUGACUCCAUCAUGGACGCUGACAGCCUCUGGGUGGACACUCAAGAUGAUGAUAGGAGCAUCAUGACAGAACAGUUAGAAACUAUUCCUAAAGAGGAGAAAGCUGAAAAGGAAGCUCGGAGACCAUCUCUUGAGAAACAUAGAAAAGAAAAGCCUUUUAAAACCGGGAGAGGCAGAAUUUCCACUCCUGAAAGAAAAAUAGCUAAAAAGGAACCUAGCACAGUCUCCAGAGAUGAAGUGAGAAGGAAAAAAGCAGUUUAUAAGAAGGCUGAACUUGCUAAAAAAACAGAAGUUCAGGCCCACUCUCCCUCCAGGAAAUUCAUUUUAAAACCUGCUAUCAAAUAUACUAGACCAACUCAUCUCUCCUGUGUUAAGCGGAAAACGACAGCAGCAGGUGCUGAAUCAGCUCAGGCUCCCAGUGUAUUUAAACAGGCAAAGGACAAAGUGUCUGAUGGAGUAACCAAGAGCCCAGAAAAGCGCUCUUCUCUGCCGAGACCGUCCUCCAUUCUCCCUCCUCGCCGAGGCGUAUCAGGAGACAGAGAUGAGAACUCCUUCUCUCUCAACAGUUCUAUCUCCUCUUCUGCACGGCGGACCACUAGGUCAGAGCCAAUUCGCAGAGCAGGAAAAAGUGGCACUUCAACACCCACUACCCCCGGAUCAACCGCCAUCACUCCUGGUACCCCACCAAGCUAUUCUUCACGCACACCAGGCACUCCUGGAACCCCUAGCUACCCCAGGACCCCUCACACACCAGGAACCCCCAAGUCUGCCAUCUUGGUGCCCAGUGAGAAGAAAGUUGCCAUUAUACGUACGCCUCCAAAAUCUCCUGCUACUCCCAAGCAACUUCGGCUUAUCAACCAACCACUGCCAGACCUGAAGAAUGUCAAAUCCAAAAUUGGAUCGACAGAGAACAUCAAAUACCAGCCUAAAGGGGGGCAGGUUAGGAUUUUAAACCAGAAGAUUGAUCUUAGCAAGGUUCAGUCCAGAUGUGGUUCCAGGGAUAACAUCAAACAUUCUGCUGGGGGCGGAAAUGUACAGAUUGUCACCAAGAAGAUAGACCUAAGCCACGUGACAUCCAAAUGCGGCUCUCUGAAAAACAUCCGCCACAGGCCAGGUGGUGGGCGUGUGAAAAUUGAGAGUGUGAAACUGGAUUUCAAAGAAAAGGCCCAAGCUAAAGUUGGUUCACUUGACAAUGCUCACCACGUACCUGGAGGUGGUAAUGUCAAGAUUGACAGCCAAAAGUUGAACUUCAGAGAGCAUGCUAAGGCCCGUGUGGACCACGGGGCUGAGAUCAUUACGCAGUCCCCAGGCAGAUCCAGCGUGGCAUCCCCCCGACGACUCAGCAACGUCUCCUCUUCUGGAAGCAUCAAUCUGCUCGAAUCCCCCCAGCUUGCCACCCUGGCCGAGGAUGUCACUGCCGCACUCGCUAAGCAGGGCUUGUGAAUAUUUCUUGUUUAGCAUUGAAGUAAUACUAUUUAGGCAUGAGCUCUUGGCAGGAGUGGGCUCUGAGCAGGUGUUAUAUUCAUUCUUUACAAACCAUAAAAUAAAUAAUCUCAUUCCCAAACUGUAGUAAUUGUUACAAUUUUAUAUUAAAAAAGAAUAGUAUAUGCAGAAAUUGACUUGAUUUCCAUUUGUAAAAGGAAGAUACUGGCUUUACAUGAGUACAAUUGGACAAUUAUUUUUGCUCUGCUCUGUUUUGCAUGGAGUAAUAUUAUUUUAAAAAUUGCAUUUCUACCUUUCAUGUGCCUGAAGGCUAUCCACUACAUCCUGAAAGGCCUUGUUAAAAUCCAAGCUGCUCAUUUCACUAUUUUGUUGCUGGGUGAAAAGAUAAAAAGCUGCCCAUUGUAACUUAUUACAGGUUAAAUUAAAUCAAGGAGUCUGAUUGCAGGAAGGGAAGAGCAUGUAAGAAAUAAGUUUUUUUUAAAGCGUUAUUUUGUAUAAAUGGGAAGAAAGAUUCAAUUAAGUUAUUAACAUUUGGGACCUGGAUAAUUAUAUCAGAGUAUAAGUCAAUCCAAUAAAUUAUUUAACUAAUUAAGAAAUAGUUACGACGCAUUUGAGCUGUGGUUGAGGAAGUGGUAUAAAGUGCAUCUCUUAGGAGUGAAGCACUUUCAUUAGGGUGGACUCGUGUCUGAUUAGAACGUUGGUUGAUCAGCUAGAUUUGUGUACACACUACCAGUUUCACACCCCUUUUCCAUCUGUUUGAUACAGUAUUAUAGAUAUAAAUAUAUAUAUAUUUCUCUGUGGCCAUUUGUGAUACUUCCUCAUAUACUUGAAUAUUAUACUUCCUUAUUCACAGCAUCUGUGUCUCCUGCACCCUUUGGUGUUGCAGUUUUAGGUAUGUGAAAGUAGGUGUUAGCAGGGUUCUUUCCCUAUUAAAAAAAAGUUUAAAAAGACAAAAAGUUUUAGCAUGAAGUUGCUUUCUGUAACAACUCAAAGCUGUAACCCUGUUUUAGUGCCAGAUACAAGUCUCUCCCGUGAUGCUAGAAAAAAUUUGUUUUUCUUUGCUUUCACCAACAUGGAGUUUGUGGGGGUGGGUCCAGUUAUACAUAAAAGGGUUUACAGAUUGUUGGUGUAAGAUUAUGGAUUUAUCUUACUUUGAAUCACAGGAUAGUUUGGGUUUUAUUCCUGUAAUCAUUCAUGAAACAGACUUCUUAAGAUUUCUUUUUCUUUUUUUUUCCAUUUGCUAAAGUUGAAACUAACAGUGGGAUUUGGGGGCAUGUUAUCCCAUUCUUCCAAAUAGUACCUGUUUAUUAAAUUAUCUGAUAGAAAAUGUUUGACUUCCAUACCCAAAGUUCCCUUGAUCAGAAGGGAAAAAUACGGUGUUUUGAGAAGCUAUAGCUAUAAAAUAUUGGAGAUGCAGAUAUCUAAAUCAGUUUUUUCAUAACUCCAACAUUGUACUCUGUAAAGGAACACUAUUAUUUAUCAGUAGAUAAUACCAUUCUGACUUUAGAUGCGGUCUAGAAAUCACAAAUCUAUUAAUUAAUUCACUUUACAAAUCAUUCAUCUUAAAUUUAUGAAUAAGCAAUGAAAUAGUCAAUAGCCUGAAUAAGGCAGUGGGUUACCAGGCUAGAUGGAUGCUUUCUAGUAUUUUAUCUGUUCUUUUUCUUGCUCAGGGAUGGUAGGCUGGAUCUGAACAGUUAAAGGCAAAUGGUCCAGUAGGCGUUUGAUUCCUUUGAGCCAAAUCAGUUCUCGAAUAUAAAGGGAAAAAAUGAUGAAUAUGGACUGAGGCAACAAGCUAGUAUAGUAGCAUCUAAGAAAGAAGCCAAGGGAUGCAAAGACAGAGACGCGGGUGCCAUUUUGUGACCCGUUGGAAAUUACAACCAAUGCGACUUCCAUAAAAGAAACUCUAGGAGCAAAAGUGCACCAUUCAUUCUCAACUAAGAGGUUUUACGUAGGCAAACAUUUCUGAAACUAUAGAUCAGUUAUUUUAUAGGACAAAGAUUUAGAAAUGACUGAUUAGGACUGUGGAUGUGUCUGUUUUCUGCCUAAUUAUUGCUGUGAGGUUUGAUUUGUCCCAUCUGGGCAUUUUAUUCAUCAGCUUCCCUUGAAAUGCACCAGAAUAUAGGAGAAGAAAGAAUAGGCAUGUGGAGACUUAACAGUAUUUUCUUAUGUGUUUGGUAGUGUUAGAUAGUGAUUAAAGCUGAAGUUAACAGCUGGUUAGAACAGUUUUAACCUGUGAAACAAGUAUUUUUUUCAACCUGGUUUAAAUUUUUUAUAAGCAUUAAGAAUAAGUAAACAUGAUCUACAUAUUAAAAUUGUUUCUUACAAAUACAUGUCUAAAAUAAAGAUUAUAUAAAGUACCAAGUUAUAAGAUUUGGCAUUAAAACAAAUGUUUACUUCAAAUCACAGCAAAAUUAUAAUGAAUAAAUGCCCUUGCUUUGUAUGGAAAUACAAAUUCUUUAUAAAAAGUUAACAAAAUGAACCUGAUAAUUUGUACAAGUAAAAGAAAGAAACACAGGCUAAAUGUCUUCUUAUGGGGAUAAGGGGUGGAACCCAUCUUGCCUUUACACUCAAGAUUAACGACACAAAUUAAGCUUUUUGAACACCACUCUUGUGGGGACAUCCAUACGCUGAUCUAGAAAUUAAGGCUUCAUAGUUCCAAUUCUAGAUCUAUUAAUGCCAGUUUCUCUCUGGCUUUAGCCUUUGAGAACCUGUUUAAGGAAACAUAAGUAAUCCAGAGCUGUGAAGAGUUAAAAGGCCCACUCACUCUCUCUGGGUCACCUGCAACCAAUAAUUGGGUACUUUACAAUGAUGCAGCAGAGAUCCGAGUCCAUGAUGAGUCUCAAAGGCCAUGUUCAUUUAGGAACCAACUCUCUCUGGAUUCUCCUGCUGAGUUCCAGCAGGGUGAUGGGCUAAAAAUCCCACCCACAAGCAAGACACCUGUGUCACACUAACUAGGUAUCACUGAAGAAGGCUGAAGAGAGAACUUGGUUAAAUGGAAAGAUGUACUUGAUGGUAGCUGACCUUCUCCACACACUCAUAUAGUUAUAGAGCAGGAAAUGGGUCAUCAGCCAAAAUAUGUCAAUAUUAUUAAAGAAAUAAUCUCAAUGUGGUUGAUUCUGACAUAGCUGCAAGUAUAGUAUUUUCUCCUAUUUUUCAUGCCACAGAAAGGAGGAAAAUAAACUAUUCAUGGUCUAAGUGGCCAGAAAAGAUAGAUCCAUGGCUUGGAAAGGCAAAUUCUACACAUUCCUUCAAAGACUGAUGUGCUAAAAUUAGCAUUGAUGUUUGUUUUCUAACACCUAGGAUUUUUAGCCUGGGUAUGUAGGUUGAGGCCAAGUCCCUAGCAGGAAAAAGCUUAUUUUUAGACUCCUAAAAUGUCAAUCAUGAAGAUCUACUUCAACUUUAGCAAAAAGAAAAAAAAAAAUCAACAAAAAGUAUACUCUGUAUGCUGGGAUUCCAAGGUUCCAACAUGCCGCUACAAAUCUGUGGGGGGUUUCUUUCUUCUGAUAAUUCUAGAGCCUGUUACCAUAGAAAGGCAUUUCUUCAAUGGCUGGUUGUAGUUAGUUCAUGUUUUUCAAGCAAAAUUUGCAAAUGUAUUUGUUGCUGUAUAGUGAUUGUUUUGCAAAAUAAAGUUGCUUGUCACCUAA